UCUUGGGAUCGAUAUCACGUCAAAGCAUAUCGCCUCAACUGCGGAUUUUACUGGACAUCUCAACAUUCCAUCAUAUAUUCUUUUGAAACACUGACCUGAACGAACGAACAGAAGACCAUUCCAAUACUUCCGAGAAGGUGAAUUACCGCCACUAGUUCCCGAAACUGUGUUGCUUUUUUAACAAUUCUCGACAUUUUCUUCAAAAUAUUUGGCACACACCCUUUAGUGGAAAUGCUUGUGAAGUUCCAGCUUUUAGAUAACAAUUGCCUCCACAUAUUGGCUUCCUCGAGGACCUCACCCAGCAUCGGUGUCUCAGUUUCGCCACUAGACCAAGUUGAGCUCAUUACCAAGAAACACGGAGAACAAAGACUACUUAAAUGUCCGAAUGGAGAAUCCAAAAGUUUUGGUGGAGUUCACAGAAAAACUGGUGUUAUUCAUGGGCCCGGAUUGAAGGAACAGAGUUCGGCGAAUAACCCAGAUAGAAAGCAGAGAAGGGGCACGCGGGAUAGUGAUAGAGUUGGGGAAAGGGGGGAUUUUCAGGUUAAAUUUAGGUUGGGUUGUGAAAAUGGAUUAUUGGAGAAAGCGCAUUCUAGGUGUUCGAAAAAAUGGGUCGCCUACGGUGGAUGUAUUCCAGCGAUAUUACAAAUGUUGGAUUUGGUUCAGGAUUUGGACGAGGCUUUGAGGCCAUGGGAAGACAAGAUCGGUAAUAAGGAAAGGAGCAUAAUUUUGAAGGAGCAGCGGAGUUGGAAGAGGGCCUUGGAGAUUUUUGAGUGGUUUAAGAGAAAGGGUUGUUAUGAACUAAAUGUGAUUCACUAUAACAUUAUGCUUCGGGUUCUUGGGAAAGCACAAAAGUGGAACCAUGUUGAGAAUUUGUGGGAUGAGAUGAAAGUUAAGGGAAUUGUGCCGAUAAAUUCUACAUAUGGAACUCUGAUUGAUGUUUAUAGCAAAGGUGGGCUUAAGGAAGAAGCUCUUCUUUGGCUUGAGAGGAUGAACAAACAGGGGAUAGUACCUGAUGAGGUCACUAUGGGGACUGUUAUUCAGUUGUAUAAGAAGUCAGGAGAAUUUCAAAAGGCCGAGGACUUUUUCAAGAAGUGGUCAGCCUUUGAAGCUUUGAGGAACGAGAAUAGUACUGCUACAACUACUACUGAAGUGGGGAGUGCUUUGCAUUCCCAUCGUAGUUUGAGCUCACAUACGUAUAAUACAUUGAUAGACACAUUUGGGAAGGCCGGGCAACUUAAAGAAGCAUCAGAGACUUUUGCGCAGAUGCUCAAGGUUGGGAUAGCUCCAAACACAGUAACUUUCAACACAAUGAUUCACAUUUGUGGCAACCAUGGCCAACUAGACGAGGUGGCUUUGCUGAUUCAGAAAAUGGAGGAGCUCCGAUGCCCACCUGACACAAGAACGUAUAAUAUUCUCAUUUUCCUUCAUGCUAGGCAUGAUGAUAUAAAGAUGGCAGCAAACUACUUUGAUAAGAUGAAGGAGGCUCACCUCAAGCCAGACAUUGUGAGUUACCGCACCCUCUUGUAUGCUUACUCAAUAAGGCAUAUGGUUCCCCAAGCUGAAGACCUGAUAUCAGAGAUGGAUGGAAGGGGGUUUGAGAUUGAUGAGUACAGUCAAUCAGCUCUUACGAGAAUGUACAUAGGAGCUGGGAUGCUUGAGAAGUCAUGGUUAUGGUUCAGGAGGUUUCAUCUUGCAGGGAAUAUGAGUUCUGAGUGCUAUUCUGCUAAUAUUGAUGCAUAUGGUGAGGGUGGCCAUAUUUUGGAAGCUGAAAAGGUUUUCAUUUGUUGCAAAGACAAAAUGAAGCUGAGUGUCCUUCAGUUCAACGUGAUGAUUAAAGCUUAUGGGAUAGGAAAGCACUAUGAUAAAGCCUGUAAGUUGUUUGAUAGAAUGGAGAGUUAUGGGGUGUUUCCAGACAAAUGCAGCUAUAUUUCUUUAAUUCAAAUUUUGGCUAGCGCUGAUAUGCCUCACAUAGCAAGACCCUAUCUGAGGAGGAUGCAGGAAGCAGGACUUGUAAGUGAUUGCAUCCAAUAUUGUUCUGUGAUCUCAGGCUUUGCAAAAUUAGGUCAACUGGAAAUGGCAGAGGAACUAUACAAGGAGAUGAUCAGAUUUGAUGUACAACCCGAUGUUAUAGUUUAUGGGGUAAUGAUAAAUGCUUUUGCUGACAUUGGAAGUGUCAAAGAAGCCAUCGGUUAUGUUGAUGCAAUGAAAAGCGCAGGUUUGCCUGGAAAUACGGUUAUAUAUAACUCCCUGAUUAAGCUUUAUACCAAAGUUGGCUACUUGAAGGAAGCAGAAGAAAUAUACAAAAUGCUGCUAUCAUUAGAGGAGGGUCCAGCUGUAUAUUCUUCGAAUUGCAUGAUUGAUCUUUAUUGCGAGAGAUCUAUGGUUAAACAAGCAGAAGAGAUUUUUAACAGCUUGAAGAGAAAGGGGGAUGCAAAUGAAUUUACUUUUGCAAUGAUGUUGUGCAUGUACAAGAAAAUUGGGAGGCUUGAAGAAGCCAUUCAAAUCGUUAAACAGAUGAGAGAGCUGGGACUUCUAACAGAUCUGUUGAGCUACAAUAAUGUGCUUGGGUUGUAUGCAAUGGAUGGCAGGUUCAAGGAGGCAGUGGAAACCUUCAAUGAAAUGAUAGAAGCUGCUAUUCAACCCAACAAUUGUACAUUCAAAUUACUUGGAGUUGUGCUUGUGAAGUGUGGAGUUCCAAAGCAAGCUGUUGGAAAGCUGGAAGUAGAUAUGAAGAAGGAUGCUCAGAGUGGUUUGCAGGCAUGGGUGUCAACUCUCUCGUCUGUGGUUGGAGUGGAUAAUUAUGAAGACAUAUAGUUACUUCAUCCUCGGCCGGUUUUUUCAAUAGGGCUAUAUGAUUUAAGGUUGCAAUUCACAAGUGUAAAGCUGGAAAUCAAUUGUGAUGUUGAAAAUGUCGAGGAUCCCAUAUUCAACAUGUGAACGUAAAUUUAUCUGAAGGGCCUAGAAGGGACCAGAAAGAAGCCCAACAAGUACAUGUAUGGAGGCUAUGUGGGGAAACGCAUGGCCUGUUCUUUGUAGAAGAAAUGGCCUUGUAUAGAGUUGAUUGUCUGCACAGUGGAUGUAUAGCCAACCCCCAAGUGGUUAGAAAAAGGUUUCGUUGAGUCAAAUCGGGCGUUUUGUAAGUCCACCUGUAUGAUAAACCUACACAACAGGAUUAAGUAGUAAAGGAUGCCAAUGGUAUGGUCUGAUGGUUUUAAUAUUUGCCGGCUAGGCAUUUGACAUGUCUCUCCUUGCUAGCAUUUUUGCAUAGAAAUCUCAGAUUCGUCUGAAUAUUAUUUGACUGCGAUUUCUACUUUCUCUGGAUAUGGCCGGGAAAUAGAUUACAUAUUUGCACUA